CUGCCUCUGAUUCCAGCGUUAUUUCAAAAUUCUUUUUCCGUCUUCUCUCCAAUUUCGUAAAUCUGUGAACUCAUUUUUCAAGCACCUUCUAUCUCUUUUCUACUUCUUUUCCGCUUCAAAAAAAAAAAAAAACCCACAUCAAAUCUUCUUUCUUCUUCCCUAAUUUAUAUUUUCCUUUUGUGUGUUAAAUUCCUCUAAACUAGUUGAAUAUAUUAAUAUUUUUAUAUAUCUCUAGUGCAUUUCCGAUGGCUUUUCUGGCCAUAGAAAACACUGCCUCCUCCUCAUCUAUUCCUCCUCCUCCUCCUCCUUCUCCUCCUUCUUCUUCGACUCCUGGAUGCAAAUACGAAUACGAAGUAUUUCUCAGUUUCAGAGGCACCGACACCCGCAACAAAUUCACAGACCAUCUAUACAAUAGGUUGAAGCAAAAAGGCAUAUUCACAUUUAGGGACGAUGAGAGGCUCGAGCGAGGAACGUUGAUUGCCCCAGAGCUCUUUAGAGCAAUUAAAGAAUCGAGAAUUGCUGUCGUCAUUCUCUCAAGUGACUACGCUUCGUCAAGAUGGUGUUUGGCUGAACUUGCAAAGAUAGUUGAAUGCAUGGAAAUGAAGAAGCUGAGAGUUUUGCCCGUGUUCCACUAUGUGGAUCCCAGAGAUGUGAGGAAUCAAAGGAGUACUUUUGGGGAAGCGUUUGAGAAACAUAAUGAGCGUUGCAAAGAUAACACUGAGGAUUUGCAACGGUGGAGAGCUGCUUUGACAAAAGUUGCCGAUCUCGCUGGAUGGACUCUAGACAGUAAUAAACCUGAGUCAAAAGUUAUUGAAGAUAUCGCUAAAAAAAUUGAAGUUGAAUUGAAAUCUACAUACUCAUUUGAUUACAAGGAUCUUGUUGGAAUAAACUGUUGUUUGAAGAAACUGGAAAAUCUGCUAGACAUGGUGUCGGAUGAGGUUCGCUUAAUCGGGAUUUGGGGAACGGGUGGAAUGGGUAAAACGACUUUAGCACAAGUUGUUUAUAACAGAUUUCGUUAUGAGUUUCAAGGCAGCAGCUUUCUUGCCAAUAUUAGAGAAGAAAGUGGAAAACAUGGUAUGGUUCAUUUACAAAAACAACUUCUUUCUGAUAUAUUGAUUGAAACGAAUUUUGAUUUUCCAGAUUUUCGAUGGGGGAGUAAUGUGAUAAAGAAAAGAUUAUGUCGUAAAAAGGUUCUCGUCAUUCUUGAUGACGUGGAUAAGCUUGAUCAAUUAGAAGCAUUAGCUGGUGAGCAAAGUUGGUUUGGUGAAGGAAGUAGAAUUAUUAUUACAACCAGAGAUCAACAUAUAUUAAUCAGCCAUAAAGUGCCUGAAGCUCAAAUGUACACAGCUAAGGAAAUGAACAAUGAUGAAGCUCUUGAGCUCUUUAGUCGAAAAGCAUUCGAGAAAGACCAUCCUCUAGAAGGUUAUGAAGAGAUUUCUCAAAAAUUUAUAGAUUAUGCUGCUGGUCUUCCUUUAGCUCUUAAAGUUUUGGGUUCUUUCCUACGUCAUAGAAGUCUAGAGUUAUGGGAAAGUAAGCUAGCUCAGUAUAAAGACAAUCCUCCAAGAGAUAUUCUAGAUGUGCUUCAAAUAAGUUAUAAUUACCUAGAGGAAAGAGAGAAAAACAUAUUUUUAGAUAUAGCAUGUUUCUUCAAUGGGAAUGACAGAGGUUAUGUAACAAAAAUGCUACAAAUUCUCUAUGACAAGCCAGACAUUGAUAUAGAUGUUCUAUUGAAAAAAUCUCUUAUAACCAUAUCAUGUGGAUACUUUCAGAUGCAUGAUUUACUACAAGAAUUAGGUAGGGAAAUUGUUCGUCGUGAAUCUCCUCAAGAGGCUGGUAAACGCAGCAGGUUGUGGCAUAGUGAGGAUGUCCUACGUGUACUAAAAGAAAAUUCAGGAACCAAAUCAGUUAAAGGCAUAUUCCUUUGGUCACCUCCCGAAAAAGAGAAACACUUGAAUGUUAAAGCCUUCUCAAAGAUGAAAAACUUGAGAUUAUUAAAAAUCAACAAUGUGCACCUUCCUCAAGGCCUCAAUUAUCUUUCUAGUGAGUUGCGUUCAAUUCAUUGGGGUGGAUAUCCUUUAGAAUCCUUGCCAACUAGUUUUGAGCCAGAAAAACUUGUUGAACUCAUUAUGUGGUGCAGCCUUAUCGAACAACUAUGGAAAGGAUUCAAGAGUUGUGACGAGUUAAAAUAUAUUGACCUGAGAGGCUCGACAAACUUGAUUGAGAUCCCGGACUUGAGUGGAGUUCCAAAUCUUGAGCAAUUGAUUCUUCAAGACUGUACAACAUUGCAUAGGAUUCAUGAAUCUCUUGGAAAUCUCAAACGACUUAUUCAAUUGAAUCUAAGUGGUUGCAUAGACCUUGAUGAACUGCCAAAGAACUUGGGGAAUAUGAAAGGCCUAGAGAAAUUAGAUGUGAGUAAAACUGCUAUAAAAGCACUACCUUCAUCCAUCAUUCAACUAUCUAAUCUAAAAGGUCUUCUUUUGAAUGGUUGCACGAGUCUUCAAUCAUUGCCAGAGCUUCCCUUAAACCUAGGGCAAUUGAUUCUUCAAGGUUGUACAAGCCUAUCUAAGAUUCAUGCAUCUCUUGGAAAUCUCAAACUACUUAUUGAAUUGGAUUUGGAUGGUUGCAAAUGUCUCGAAAGCCUUCCUCACAAGAUCAACUUGGAAGCUCUUGAAACUUUUAUACUUUCUGGUUGUUCAAGACUAAAGAAGUUUCCAGAGGUUGUGGGAAAUAUGUCAUGUUUGUCAAAACUUUCUUUGAAUAAGACUGCUAUAAUAGGGCUACCAUUAUCAAUUGAGCAUUUAAUUGGCCUUAUUGAAUUGGAUCUAAGAGACUGCGAAAACCUUUCAAGUCUUCCGAAUGGUUGUUAUAGUUCAAUGUCUCUAAAAAGUCUUAAUUUAUCUAGGUGCUCAAAACUCGAUGAAUUGCCAGAGAAUUUGGGGAAUAUCAAAACUCUAAAGGAGUUAGACGUGAGUGGAACUGCUAUAAUGGGGCUACCAUUAUCAAUUGAGCAUUUAAUUGGCCUUAUUAAAUUGGAUCUAAGAGACUGCAAAAACCUUUCAAGUCUUCCGAAUGGUUGUUAUAGUUCAAUGUCUCUAAAAAGUCUUAAUUUAUCUGGGUGCUCAAAACUCGAUGAAUUGCCAGAGAAUUUGGGGAAUAUCGAAACUCUAGAGGAGUUAGACAUGAGUGGAACUGCUAUAACGGGGCUACCAUUAUCAAUUGAGCCUUUAAUUGGCCUUAUUAAAUUGGAUCUAUCUGGGUGCUCAAAACUCGAUGAGUUGCCAGAGAAUUUGGGGAAUAUCGAAACUCUAGAGGAGUUAGACGUGAGUGGAACUGCUAUAACGGGGCUACCAUUAUCAAUUGAGCAUUUAAUUGGCCUUAUUAAAUUGGAUCUAAGAGACUGCAAAAACCUUUCAAGUCUUCCGAAUGGUUGUUAUAGUUCAAUGUCUCUAAAAAGUCUUAAUUUAUCUGGGUGCUCAAAACUCGAUGAAUUGCCAGAGAAUUUGGGGAAUAUCAAAACUCUAGAGGAGUUAGACGUGAGUGGAACUGCUAUAACGGGGCUACCAUUAUCAAUUGAGCAUUUAAUUGGCCUUAUUAAAUUGGAUUUAAGAGACUGCAAAAACCUUUCAAGUCUUCCGAAUGGUUGUUAUAGUUCAAUGUCUCUAAAAAGUCUUAAUUUAUCUGGGUGCUCAAAACUCGAUGAAUUACCAAAAAAUUUGGGAAAAAUCGAAGGUUUGGAAGAGUUAGACUUGAGUGGGACUGCUAUAACGGACCUACCUUCAUUCGUUGUUCACUUAAAAAAUCUCAAAGGACUAUCUCUCUCCGGAUGCGUCGGGCUAUCAUCUAAUAAGCUUACAAGGUUUCCUUUGAUGCAACUUAGAAGAAGUCCAGAUCCCACGGGCAUGCUAGAGCGUUCUUUAAUAGGCUUAUGCUCUUUGACCAAACUUGAUCUAAGUUAUUGCGAUCUUCAGACAAUUCCUAAUGUUCUUGGGUGCUUUUCAUCUUUAGAAAGUUUAUAUCUAAGGGGAAAUAAUUUUGUUUCCCUUCCUGAAAGUAUCAUUCAACUAUCUAAUCUGACAGAACUUUUUUUGGGCGGUUGCACUCAUCUUCAAAAAUUGCCCGAGCUUCCAUUCAAGAUUAUCUAUAUUGAUGCAACAGAGUGUACCUCACUGGAAACAUUAUCGUUAACACCAGAAUACAAUUUUCGGCCGGAAUUUUGUCUUCUCAAUCGCGACAAAUUGAUAUAUGAAGGUUGCGGUGACCUGUUUUCAACAACCCUAAGACGUUAUAUCAUUAAUCACCAGGUCUCUCUCUCUCUCUCUCUCUCUCUCUCUCUCUCAUGUGAAGUUCUAAGCAUCAUGAAUUGUAUGUUUCAGAGUCAGCAAGAUUAUUCUUUUGAUCCUGCUUAUCAUGUCGUGAUCCCUGGAAGUGAAAUUCCGAAAUGGUUUAGCCACAAAAAUGUGGGGGAUUCAGUAAAUCUACAAGUGCCCUCAAAUUUAGGUAACAAAUUGAUGGGAAUCGCUGCGUGCGCUGUUUUUGUAUUCCGCCAGCAUCAUCCACUUCACCAACUUCAUUUCACAGAUUAUGGACUUUGGUGUUCCGUUAGUGGAGAAAGACGAGUGGGCCAUUCUUUUUAUGAGGAAUUUGGUAAGAUUAAGUCGUAUCAGCUUUGGCUGGGAUAUAUUCCCUCUGCAUCCCUUGGAGCGGGCUGGAAAGAAAAAUUGAAUCAAGUCGACGCUAACGGAUUCAGCCAGAUUGAAGUUAAAUUUGAAUCUGCUGUUCAAGGAUUGGAGGUUACAAAAUGCGGGGCCCAUUUGGUAUUCGAGACAGACAUUGAAGAUCUAAACCAAACUAAGGCUGGGUCUAGCAACUGCAUCAUCACUCCUUAUAAUGAGGAUGGUUUUGAAGAUUCAGAAAAAGAUAACAAAAUUAAGCGAAGCAGUGAUGACUCUGAUGGGGAAGGGGCUGGACCUAGUAAUGAGGAACCACCACACCUGAAGUGGAUACGGCACCCUGAUCUAAUUGAAAAUUGGUUUGGGAAUUUACACACACAAGGAUGAGGUAAUUCUGAUUGUGAGAAGAGGAAUCUCAAUGAAAGUUAUAGCUUUUAUGGAAUCUGCACUGCUGAUCAACUUUUUUCUCUCUCAUUUUUUGUAAUAUGGAAUUCAAAUCAGCUUUGGUGUUCCGUUGAUUCCAUGCUUAAAGACGGGAAAAUGAGCAGUAGAAUAACCUCUCCUCUGCUUGCACUGCUGCCUUUAUUACUUUUGAGCUCUUCAUAUCUAAGUUCAUGGAAAAAAUGGUAUUAACUUCCAAGGGUGGGACUUGAGUUUUUGUUGCUAAAAUACCUACUAGUGUAACAGAUGAUGAUUUUGGCAGGAUCCGAUGACAAAACAUGGAAUUGGAUUUGUAAUGCACGAAAAUGCAGGAAGUGGAGCUUGAGUCUUAAAGUUUUGUGUUCUGGUUUUUUGUUCGAGUGAAUUUGUAGAAUACAUAGUGUUAAUCAAGAGAUUCUAAACUAUAAACAUAGUGUUUGAGGUGUCAUUUGGAAGGUCGAUAAUUGUGGAACUUCAUCAUUUUUUGUAUUGGUCUUCCAUUUUACCUCAUAGUAUUGUCAGGUCUGUUUUGAGAUUCAGUAUACCAAAUAAUGUCUGAAUCAUAUGAACUUCAAAGGUUCUAUGGUUGCUGUGGACUAGGCAAUUCCAAAGGUGUGCUAUUAUUUAAUCUGCUUCUUGUAUUGAAAAUUGAAUCAAGUUUAUGUUAUGUUGAUGGUAGACCUAUAUGUUCCACCUGCUGAUGUGCCUGUUA